AUGCGGAAAAAGAAAAGAUUCAGUUCGAACGAUGAGGCGAGCACAGGUCGCGAGGACCGUGCUCAGAUGUGGUCAACGGGUGGCACGGCUUUUCACACAUCAUUCGACGAGCGUCCUUCAGCACAUGGAUCGCAUCUCUCCAUUUACAACUCAUGCACGAAUCUCGAUGAACAGGAAUUUCAAGUUAUUCGAACGAUUUUCUUG